UACUCGUCCAAACCCUCGGCUGCUAGUCCAGGAAGACAAUUGUUCUAGGUAUCGUCCUGCAUACAUGUUAAAGGAUCCCAGUGAAGAAAGAGAGGGGAGGAAUUAAAUUGCCCAACUUGUUACAUCUUUAAUAGGAAUAAUGUCAGAAGUAACUGUGAAUUUCAUUAAGCAUCUUGUUGAUUACAUUGGUUCUUUGGUGGAAAAGUCUUAUGGACCUUAUGGACGAUCAUCUCUCUGUGUAUCAGCUGUAGGUCAGAUUGAAAUCACUAGCAGUGGCAUUUCCAUCUUGGAGACAGCUAGGGUUAAUCAUCCAGUAGCAACAGUUAUUACUCGUGCUGUUAAGAAUCAUCAUGAACUUGUUGGUGAUGGAACUAAAACUUUUAUCUUACUGUUGAAGGCCAUUUUUAAUGAACUCUCAAAGUAUAUAACUGAAAGUAGCUACAUCCCACAAAAGCAAGGAACAAUGGAAAUAAGAACGAAACUUAGACUGGAACUCAGUAACUUGUUGUAUUUUAUGUUACCGGAAUACUUUGGGCAAUUAAGGGCUAAUAAAAUGAUACAAAACAUUUUUUUCCAUGAAAAUAAUUUACCUUUAGUUAAAUCUUGUGUUCAGAAUCUGCUGAAGACAUUUUUGACAGGAAAGUUUGGACAGCUUGUUACCCAUCAGCUGGUGGAGCUGUGCUAUAACUUGAUUUUUUUCAGUGUUUCUGAUAUAAGCAAGUUCAAUGAAGUGGUCCAGUAUUUGAUUAAAAACUUUCACCUCCUGUGUUGUAGGAUAAAUGUCUUACCAAUUCAACUUUCUAGGAUUGUAGAAGGGUUUGUUCUGACUCGUGAUUUUACUGUCCCGUGGAAAGACUACACAAGUAAGGAAGAAGAAUUUAAUUUCAUUGUUAUUCUGUCUUCUCAGGACAACCAGUCCAUCUGUAAUGGAGCUAUUUUAAAAAUAACACAGCCACAAGAUAUUGAAAUGUUUCUGUUGUCAUCAUCUUCAUUUUAUAAAUCGGCUAUGAAAGCCAUUCAGCAGCAUCAAAUUCAACUGAUUUUAUCUUGUAACAGUGUAUCUGAAAGUUUCAAAACUUUAUGUUAUGAGGAGGGUAUAGCUGUGAUUGCAGGCAUCCCACGGGAAGAGUUGUUACAUCUAGUCUCUCUUUGUGGAAUUCAGCCAAUAAUAUGUCUGCAGGAAACCUUGAAUGCAUCAAAGAUUGGAAAGGCACAAUUUGCAAGACCCAUAACACUAGAAGCUAAAUGGUAUAUCCAGAUAGGAAUAAAAUUGUCUAACUUGGAUACGCUAUUAGUUCCUCAUUAUCUGGUUUUGUGUGGUCCAACAGAAGGAAUUUGUAAACAGUAUUUUAGUGAAAGCUUUAAUUCCCUUAAGGUAGUUGCUUCUUGGAUAGACAGUAACUGUUACCAUACUAGUCAUGGGGUACAGCCAUUUUCUUCAACAUCUUUUUGUCAAAAAGAUUCUUCAGGGAUUAAAGUACCAUCCAAGUCUAUAGGUUCUUGUGAUAUUUCAACAGAAAUAAAUAUGCCUAAAGAGAAUUAUAAAGUUAAUCUACCUGUGUCAAAUGUAAGACAGCAGAGCAAGCUAGGAUGGUUUGAAGAAACUUGUAUGAAUGAAAACUGGAAAAUUCAUGUUAUGUCUAGUUCUUAUGGGCAUUCUUUACACUCUACUUUAAGGAAAUCUGUCACUGAAGAUUAUCCGAUCAGUUCAAAAGAAUGUGAAUAUAAAUUAACAAAAAUGGUUAAACCAGCUUUUUAUUUGUGGAACUAUGAUCAAGGUGUAUCUUGUCCAGGAAGUUCAUUCUGGGAGUUGACACUCAUUUCCUUACUUAGAAAAUCCUACAACAGAGCUACAGGAAACAAGAAUGCCAUUGCUAUGGAAAUUCUUGCAUCUUCUUUAUUUUAUAUUCCAAUUUUGUUACAUAAAACUUCUCUUACAAAUAAGCAGAAUACUGUUCAAGUUUAUCAGGAGUUGGAAGAGAGUUUGCAGAAAAGCUUGCAGGUGUGUAUGGAUGGAGUUUCUGGUUGUGUUAUUUCAGUGGAAGAAUGUACAACAAGAGAAUCUGUGGCAUCUAAAGAAUUGCUGCUAUGUAAUGUGUUGAAAUUGGUUAUUCAGCUUCUAAAACUUGAUGGUAUUGUCAAUAUUCCAAAGUUACCAAAAGUACUAGGUGAGGAUUAAAUCUAGUAUGCAACUCCCAUUAUAGAAUUUUUGACUACAUUUUACCUUUGAAAGUACCACUUAAUUGCACUUUAUGAUGAAUAAUACGCACACACACAAAUUUAGACAAACACCUGCACAAAAGCUCAUGUGAUACUCUAAAAAUGGAAUAUACCUGGUUGCCUGAUAAUGUUAGAUAGAGUUUGGAUUUCAUAAAUAUAUUUGUUUACAGUUAUCUAUUUAUUUGUCAUUUCAGUAAAGGUGAAAGUUCUAAACUUGCUUCACAUCCAAAAUAGAAUAUUUUUUAACAAUUGUAGAUUAUAUCAGUAAUUGAAGAAAACAUUAUCAUUGUAUCCUGUUUUAGAGAUAGUUGGUGAUUGACUUUUGUUACUGUUUUUAAUGUUUGUGACUUUACAAGUAUAAAGAUAUUUUUCUUUUGUUGCAAGUAUAACACAAAUUUGACCUUUACAAUAUGAUAUUGUGCUUGUAUUGAAAUAGUAAUAAAAGGAUUACAUACUAAUGUCUUGUAA